AUGAGCUCCAAAGUAUUUGUUAGAGAGCUUCAUAACACAGUUAAACGUACCAAUUCUCAACAAUUAAAACCAGGUUUACGUUUUAGAGAUUUCAUUUCACAAUUACAAAAAGAUGGUGAUUUAAUUGAAAUUAAUAAAGAAGUUGAUCCUCAUUUAGAAAUUGGUGCUAUAACAAGAAAAGUUUAUGAAGAAAGAUUACCAGCUCCAUUAUUUAAUAAUGUUAAAGGUCAACAAAAAAAUUUAUUUAGAAUCUUAGGAGCUCCAGGUGGAUUAAGACAAAACAAAGCUACUGAUCAUGCUAGAAUUGCACAUCAUUUAAAUUUACCAUCAAAUACUCAUGUUAAAGAUAUUAUAAAUUUCUUACUGGAUGCUAAAAACAAAACACCAAUCCCACCACAUCAAGUCACUAAAGACCAAGCACCAAUAAAGGAAAAUUUAAUUCAAGGUGAUGAAAUUGAUUUAACAAAAAUUCCAGUACCAUUUUUACAUCAUGGUGAUGGAGGUAAAUAUAUUCAAACUUAUGGUAUGUUUAUCUUGGAAACACCUGAUAAAUCAUGGACAAAUUGGUCAAUUGCUCGUGGUAUGGUUAAAUCUAAAAAUGAAAUUUCUGGAUUAGUUAUAAAUCCUCAACAUAUUAGAGUUGUUGCAGAAGAAUGGGCCAAAAUUGGUAAAGGUGAUCAAAUUCCAUUCACUUUAUGUUUUGGUGUUCCACCUGCAGCUAUCUUAGUAUCAUCAAUGCCAAUACCAGAAGGAAUAAGUGAACAAGAUUAUAUUGGUGCAAUAUUAGGUGAAUCAUUACCAGUUAUUAAAGCUGAAACUAAUGAUAUCUUAGUUCCUGCAACUAGUGAAAUUGUAUUGGAGGGGACUUUAAACCUAAAUGAUUUAUCACCAGAAGGUCCAUUUGGUGAAAUGCAUGGUUAUGUUUUCAAAGGUCAUUCACAUCCAGGUCCAACUUAUAAAAUCAAUUCAAUUUCUUAUAGAAAUAAUUCAAUAAUGCCAAUUUCUAAUCCAGGUUUAGCAACUGAUGAAACUCAUACGUUAAUUGGUACUUUAGUUGCAGCUGAGGCAAAACAAAUUGCCAUUGAGAAUGACUUACCAAUUAUUGAUGUUUUUUCACCAUAUGAAUCACAAGCUUUAUGGUUAGUUAUGAAAAUUGAUUUAAAAAAAUUACAAUCAUUAAAUACAACACCAGAAGAAUUUUCAAAUAAAAUUGGUGAAAUUUUUUUCAAUACAAAAGUUGCAUUUAUUAUGCAUGAAAUUAUUUUAGUUGGUGAUGAUAUUGAUAUUUUUGAUUUUAAACAAGUUAUAUGGGCUUAUACAACAAGACAUACACCUGGUGAUGAUCAAUAUUAUUUCCCAAAUGUUAAAUCAUUUGCCCUUGCACCAUUUGUUUCACAAUCUGAAAGAAUUAAAACUUUAAAAGGUGGUAAAUUUGUUACAAAUUGUAUUUUUCCUAAACAGUAUAAACAAGAUAUUGAUUUUACUACAUGUAAUUUUGAUGGUUAUGAUGAAGAAAUUAAAAAUAAAGUUUUAACAAAUUGGGAAUCAUAUGGAUAUGAGAAAUUGGAGUAG